AUGGAGUUCCCCAGGUCCAUUUUGCUGCUGCUCCGUUUGGCCUUGUUUGCAGGGGCCGUGCGGGAUUUGGAUUUCGAAGCCGAGAGGCUUGGCAUUGGGCCACCCAAGGUUGGGUCCGCCCUCGAAAUCACUGCUGAGCCCGGGGAGGCCAAGGCCCACACCAGCCGCUACCUGCAGCCCGAGGAUGUGGAAUUCAAGGCCGAGAGGCUUAGCAUUGCGCCACCCCAGGACGUCGUCGGCUCUACCCUCGAAGUCGCUGUUCAGACCAAGGCGUCGUCGUAUGACCUCGAUUGCGCCCUGCCGGAGGGCGAGGUCACAGACCUGGCUGCAGCGUGCCCUGAAGCUCCAAAGCAGAAGAAACCCGGCGAGGUGCGGAUUCCCCGCGGCCAGUCCUGGCGCCUAUCCGCGCAGAAGUCCGGAUUCUGUAUUAAAGACGAUUCUUACCUAGCUUACUGUGGGUAUUUCCCUGGCGCGGUCCCGUCUUGGUGCCCUGAUGCGUUUUCCCAUCUGGUCGCCAACAUUGUCCUUGAGGAUGGUGCAUCGCUCAGUCUGGAAGGCCUAAAACUCACGACCCUCAUCACGGCGGUCGAUGGCGGGACGGUCAAGCUAAAAGCCGCGAAGUGCUACCUCCGAACCAGUCUCCAGCGCAGAGAACAUUGGCUUCAAUUUUCAGGCAUAAAGGCAGACAUCGAUGUUGAAGACUGCAUGUUCAGAGGGGCUGCUGCCCUGUAUGAUGGCGACCUCAACUUGAGAGUCGCGAGGUCCAAAGGUGAGGGGUCAGUCAUCGUGGAGGGUGGAAAUGCAAGCAUUGUGCUGGACAGGUCACAGAUGAGCAGCUUGAGUGUCGAAGGAGAGAGGCAGGACUUGCACAUCUUCCAUUCCAACAUGGGCAACAUCCGAGCCUACGGAUAUCGAGGCGGCCCGGGCAGCUCCGUCAAGAUCGAGAACUGCUGUGUGGAUGCCGCAUCGCGCACCAUUGCCGUCGAUGUUGACAAUGCUCGCCUAGAUGUCCGAAAAUCCACUAUUCUCGGAUCUUGGGACGGCAGCAGUGGGGGGGUUCGAUUUGUUCAGGAAGCGCCCACCGGCAUGUCCUUGGAAGAUGUUUAUAUCGGCUUCGUUACUCAAGGAGUUCGUGCUGACUGUUAUACCAGUUAUGACCGUACUCGUAGAGAUCUGUCGUUGAAGCGCGUCAUCGUGGAAGCGGCCUUGGAGACGGGCAUCACGAUGAGCAGAUGCAUGGCAUCCGUCAAGGAGCUUACCGUGCGGCAUUCCAAGCUCGGAGUUGCAGCGGCAGAGUCCGCCCACAUUAAUGCCGAUGACGUUGUAGUGACGUCUUGCCAUUACGGGAUCUCAAUGCAGACGUCUGAGGGGAAGAUAUCCGGGCUUGCAGUACUGAACGACAUCUAUGACGUUUCGGAGCCGGCGGAUCGCGAUACCUUCGAGUACCAUCAGAGUGUGUACAGGCUGCCGUUCAUUCCUGAGGGCAUUUUCCCUCGUACCAUCUGCAUGGUUGGCUUCUACGCCGCAGCUACAGAAGCCUUGCGCAUGUCUGUAAGGUGUUAUUACGUGUAUUCCCAUGAGCAAAAGAAAUUAUUCAGAGCUUUACCCUUCGUGGGGACCGGGCUGGCGUUUGCCUUCCUGGUCGUUGCCGUGCUGAUCCCCCUUGAAGUUCUGCGCGAUACCAGAUUGCUGUCGAAGCGAGCUGUCAACGUCCCAUCUGAGGCCCAAUCUCGAGAGAAAGCCUUCCAUGUCGACUUCGCAUUUGUGCGCGGGGUGCCUCACGAGAAUAUAUGUAAGUUCUUCUGUGUUUGCUUCCUGCUUUCGACAUUGUCGUCCUUUUGCUACCUCUUCUUUGCAGUUUACCGGUGCAUCUCGGACUGGAGAGCUUUGGCAGAGCUCAGAGGUUCCGAGAAACUCAUGAAGGAGAAGGAAGAGCUGAAGAAGAAGUUGGACAACCCAGAGCUGCGCCAAGACAUGGCGAAGCUUCAUGAGGAGUUGCUUGAAGUCAUGAGCUUCGAUGAUGAGGCAUCAACGGAAAGUAUUUUCGAUGAGAUGAAGACGAAGAGCAAAGCAGAGUGUGCGAAUAUCGCAGUGUGGUUCCAUGAACGUCGGGCAUUGUACAUGAAGCAUAAUGACGGCAAGCGGAUGCAGGAGCUGGAGGCCAUCGAGUCCAAGACUGUCAUGACGCCUGUGCAAUCCUCCUUACCGCCUGCACACAGCGGCGACGAAAAAAAAGCCAUCGACUUCCUGUACCGCAUGGGCAGCUGGCUACGCAGCAGCUUCGAACAGGAUCUUGUGGAGGUGUGCAAGCGCAUCAACGACAUGGCCGAUGCCGACCUCGCAAGCUUAGGCUUACUGCAUCAGCUGAAGUUCGAGCCACUGAUGCAUCCUCUCCAACCGGAUCCGAAGGCGAAGAAGGUGGGCAAGCACGUGGGACUCUUGGUGGCCCCAAUAAAGGCCAAGGACCGGGCCUACGAAAAGACGGUCGACGACUAUGCCAAAGAUCCCUCUAAGCAUGAGAAGCCCGCAGCAAGGUAUGUGUGCGACUUCCUGCGAGCGACCAUCUUUGCUGCAGAUCCGUUCGUGUUGGCCGUGGCUUUCCGCCAAGUGGAGAAGGCCUUUGAUAUAGUGCGGGUGAAGAACAAGUUCAUCAACGAGAAGCUCCCUCCGGAGGAGCGCACCAACAUUCUUGUGAACCUCCACGUGAAAGCCGAAGGGAGGCCCGCUUAG